UUUUAUAAUAAAUCAUAUAUAAAAAUAUGUAAAUAGUAAUUUUAGCAGUCUCAAGUCUCCGAGAUUUCCCUCGCCAAUUCGCCAUGGCGUCUGCUUCAUAUUCAAGCUAAUUACAAGAUUUUAAUAAUUUCUUUGUUCUCACCCCAAAAUCUUCUGCUUAACUUUCAAGCUAAUUACUAGUUUUUAACACCAAUUUAUUUCUUCUCACCCCCAAAUCAAAUCAUCCUCUUCACUGCAAUUAAUCGGCAACACAGGCAUGUUCUAUAAAGUAUAAACCCUAGUGAAAUUUUACAGCUUUUCAUAACAAUGGAACAAUUCCCAGAAAGACCACUGUUUGGUGGAGCAGUUUCCACUACUUUCCCACUUAGGUUUGAGGAUGUGAGCAAUAUUCGUGAAGUUCCUGAUCAUCAGGAAGUGUUUGUGGACCCUGCACACCUUGCUAGAGAACAAGGCGCCGAGGGCAAUAUCGUGACUGAGCAGUCAGCAGUGUUUGAGGCUCCUGAACUCCAAUUCAGAAACUUGCCAGCUGUCAUAACAACUGCUAAUGCCCAAAUGGCCAUCUCUAAAGCAAGACAAGGAAGAGAAGCACAAAAUCUAGUGAAGGUAUACUUGGCGAAUUUGAGACUCAAAGGAGUUGGGACAGAUGUAGUUGUUACUGCAUACGAGCCUGUCUUCAUAAACCCAUUGAGUGAAAGUGCGAGCUCGGUUGGAGCCGGUUUAACCGUGCCGGCUGCACAGUCUGGUCGAACCGCGAUGGUUGAAGUUUUUAAACAAGCGGUCUCUUCAUUUAGAAUUAAUGAUUGGAAUCUGUUCGGUGCUGAUGCCGUUUGAGCAAGUGUUAUCUGUUAUCUGCUAUUUAUCUGUUGUCUGAUAAAUUUGGGAAAAUUUUGAUGUUGAAAGUUUUUGUUUUCGUGAUUUUUUUUAUUAAGUUGUUUUUUUGUGUUAAGUAAAAAAACACAUGUAUAUGGUCUCCAUGGAUUUAAGUAUUGCUCACAUAAAUUAAUACUUUUAGAUGUUUUUGUUUA